AGCUAACGACAACUGCUAUCUUCAAAAAGCCUAUUACAGCAACUCAUCUCCAACCUUCCAACUCUUGUCUCUUUUCUGCUCUCUCUCUCUCUCUAAUAUGUCGGAUUUUAUAGCAAGCUGGCUAACGCCGACCUCUCUUUUCCUCCUCCUAAACGUCGUCAUCGGCACCGUCUUCCUCCUCUCCCGCCUUUCUCCUCCCAAAACGCAACCUCGCCACGACGUCGGAUACUACUCAUACUCAGCUCCUCCGCCGCUACUGCGAGCUUCGUCGUCGUUACUAGAUCGCGUUAAGUCGAUCAACUUCUCGACAUUCAAAUUCGACGAAGGCCAUCAUCACCCGGUCGGGCGAGCCCCGUCGAUUCUCGAACGAGUCAAGUCCAUUAACUUGAACCUCUACAAAUACCCACCUCAAAACCCAGACCCGGUCUACGUCGAACAGCCCCUCAGCCGACCGCCAUCGUUGUUAGAGCGUGUUAAGUCCAUCGAUUUCACAUCCUUUUACAGAUCAGACUCCGGAAAAGUAAACCCAGAAAGCGGCCACCUUACACCCGAAGAAGAACCCGUUCAGGGUCAAGUAGUAAAGAGAAGCAAAUCGGAGCAGAAUAAAGUAAAACAAAGGAAAGUUUCAGAAAAAAUGAAGAAAUCGGCGAGUGAGAACUCGAGGGCUAAGGCCGGAGAGGAAGAAGAAGAGUUGGAGAGAAGGCGACCGGCGACGAUGAGGAUCGAAAAAACGACGUCGUUCGGCGACGGCGACGGCGACGGCGACGGCGACGAUCAAGGCGUCGAUGCAAAAGCUGAUGAUUUCAUCAACAAGUUCAAGCAGCAGCUUAAGUUGCAGAGGUUGGAUUCUCUGUUGCGUUAUAAGGACAUGCUCAGGGCCAAAGCAAGUAACUUAAUCUGAGAUUUUUUUUUACUUCCAUUUUUUUUGUUAUUAAGGUUUCGACAUUAAAAACUUAGGAUCUCAUGUUGUCUUUUUAGUUCAAGGAGGAUAGAGCUAGCUGAUGCCCGACAGCAUUGUCCUACUAAAGGGUUUAAUUAUGGUUUCAUUCCCUCUACUGUAAUAAAAAUUUAAGAUUUAAUUUCCCAUAUUAAAUUAAAUCUCAAAUUUCAGUAUAGUAGAGGAACUAAAACGUUAAUUAACCCACAACCAAAAUGACCAACUAUUGGCCCUUGGUUUCAUGUAGUUCUGGUGGGAAAUGGUGGGGUUUUCCGUCAUUUGGAGUGUGUAGUAUUUCGUGGAAGUAGAGUUGGAUUAAUUAGUGGUUCAUGUGCUUGUGCAUGGUUCAAGUGGACGGUUGUCUUUUUAGUAUAUUCAAAGCAUCAAACCGUCUAGCCUACGAGAUUUGAAUAUUGUGUUCAUAGGGGCAUUUAGUGUCCCUAUUUGUAGCCAUGUAUUGUUUAUGCCAAAUAAUGUGAAUUUUCUUGGGAUCAUUUUGCUGCGAU